ACUGUUUCAUAGGUACACAAUUCUUUCCUGGUAUUGUUUUACCUAAACUAAGGCAAAUGUGUGGCCACUGUCCUAAGCCAAGCCGGUUGCACUCCUAUUAUAUGUGCCUAUCAUCCUGAGGCGUAAAUUUGCUUCAGGUGUUCUAUAAAUCACGAUGUGGGCUGUGUCCGUUGAACUCCCUGGGGAAUACAAGGGGACACACCUUAUGACUCAUUCCUUAAUUGAGUGCUGAUAUUUGAUUGGUGGAUUGCAUACCUGAUGGGUGGGUGGGGUGUUCACGGUAGGCGGGGGUGAGUUAUAUAAGGGCUGAUGAGGCCAGAUAGCGCGUCAUUUGAAGACUGUCUCGGAAGAGAUAGCGUCUUUCUGCAACGUGCGGUCCCAGCAGAAAAAGCUUGUGAUCCUUGCUCCUGGCGACAUGGAGGCCGAUUCACUCCACUUGGGAGGUGAGUGGCAGUUCAACCACUCCUCAAAACUCACAUCUUCUCGGCCAGAUGCAGCUUUUGCUGAAAUCCCUUCUCUACCUGGGAAGUCACCACUGUCAUCUGAGACCCAUGUCAACCUCUGUGAUGGUUUGGCUCCUGUGGCAAGACAGCCUGCCCCCGGAAAGAAGCUUCCUCUCAGUAGCAGGAGACCUGCGGUGGGGGCUGGGCUCCAGAAUAUGGGAAAUACUUGCUACGUGAAUGCUUCCCUGCAGUGCCUGACAUACACACCACCCCUUGCCAACUACAUGCUGUCCCGGGAGCACUCUCAAACUUGUCAUCGUCACAAGUGCUGCAUGCUGUGUAUGAUGGAAGCUCACAUCACACGGGUCCUCCACUGUCCUGGUCACGUCAUCCAGCCCUCACAGGCAUUGGCUGCUGGCUUCCAUAGAGGCAAGCAGGAAGAUGCCCAUGAAUUUCUGAUGUUCACUACGGAUGCCAUGAAAAAGGCAUGCCUUCCCGGGCACAAGCAGGUAGAUCAUGACUCUAAGGACACCACCCUCAUCCACCAGAUAUUUGGAGGCUACUGGAGAUCUCAAAUCAAGUGUCUCCACUGCCAGGGCAUUUCGGACAUCUUUGGCCCUUAUCUGGACAUCGCCCUGGAUAUCCAGGCAGCUCAGAGUGUGAAGCAAGCUUUGGAACAGGUGGUGAAGCCUGAAGAACUCAAUGGAGAGAAUGCCUAUCAUUGUGGUCUUGGUCUCCAGAAGGCACCUGCCUCCAACACGUUCACUUUACAGACUUCUGCCAAGGUCCUCAUCCUUGUAUUGAGGAGAUUCUCCGAUGUCACAGGCAACAAACUUGCCAAGAAUGUGCAAUAUCCUGAGUGCCUUGACAUGCAGCCAUACGUGUCUCAGCAGAACACAGGACCUCUUGUCUAUGUCCUCUAUGCUGUGCUGGUCCACGCUGAGUGGAGUUGUCACAACGGACAUUACCUCUCUUAUAUGAAAGCUCCAGGAGGCCAGUGGUAUAAAAUGGAUGAUGCCGAGGUCACUGCCUGUAGCAUCGCUUCUGUCUUGAGUCAGCUGGCCUAUGUCCUCUUUUACAUCCAGAAGAGUGAAUUGGAAAGACGCAGUGAGAGUGUGUGAAUAGGCAGGGAACCAGGAGCCCUUGGUGCUGAACACACAGAUAGGUGAGCAAAGCAAGGAGAGCUCCAGAGAGAACCCUGCCUCCAGGUACCGCCCGAUUUGGAGGAGCACUUGGUGGAAAAAGCCACUCAGGAAAACACCUUAGACCACUGGAAGUUCCUCCAAGAGCAAAACAAAACCAAGCCUGACUUCAACAUCAGAAAAGUCGAAUGUACCCUGCCUCCCAACGUGCUUGUGAUUCAUCCGUCAAAAUACAAGAGUGGGAUGAACAACCGUCAUCCUGAACAGCAAAGCUCCCUGCUGAACCUCUCUUCAAGGAACCUGACACCUCAGGAGUCCAUGAACACUGGCACACUCACUUCUCUGCAAGGGAGGACCAGGAGAUCCAAAGAGAGGAACAAACACAGCAAGAGGGUUCUGUUUGUGUGCCAGUGAUCUCAGGGAAAGUCUCGACCCACACAUGACAUUCAGUGUGAAUUUCUGAAUACGACAUAUUGUGCUGUAGGGUUGCACGUGGAGUUAUUGCAGGGGACUGGAUUGACCAUUUUCUCUUGGGGUGUGUUUCAUUCGUCAGUUGUUGGUGAGCACCAGAAGUUGAAAUUGUGCGAAAGUGGGACAUCUGUGGGUCAUUCUCGCCACCCUGAGUAG